CUCAUUAAGAUAAGCAAAAAUGGGAGUCUUUUCUCCUAAUAGAAUACACCUAGCAUUAUUUCCCAUUGUUGUGUUGCUUUCUAUCCAAUGGUCAACUUCAGUUGCAAAUGCAAAUUCAGCUCAUCACAACACUUUCGUUCAUUGCCUUGUAAACCAUUCAGAGCCCUCUCAACCCAUAACUGGAGCAAUCUUCACACCAAACAAUUCCUCAUUCUCUUCAGUCUUACAAGCCUACAUUAGAAACCUUCGUUUCAACACCUCCACAACAAGGAAACCAUACCUUAUAAUCACUGCAUUGCAUGUAUCCCAUGUACAAGCAGCCAUUGUUUGUGCUCAAAAGCAUAACUUGCAGAUGAAAAUCCGAAGUGGAGGCCAUGAUUAUGAGGGUGUGUCUUAUGUGGCUGAGGUGCCAUUCUUCAUCCUUGACAUGUUCAAUCUCCGAACCGUUGAGGUUGACAUAAACACUGAAACCGCUUCGAUCCAAGCUGGUGCAACACUUGGUGAAGUUUAUUAUAGAAUUGCUGAGAAAAGUAAAACUCAUGGCUUCCCAGCUGGGGUUUGUCCCACAGUUGGAGUAGGAGGCCAUAUCAGUGGGGGUGGCUAUGGCAAUAUGAUGAGAAAAUAUGGUCUUUCAGUGGAUAAUAUUAUUGAUGCACAAAUGGUUGAUGUUCAAGGUAGAUUACUUGAUAGAAAAUCUAUGGGUGAAGAUCUCUUUUGGGCCAUUAGAGGUGGUGGUGGAGCUAGCUUUGGUGUGGUCCUUUCCUACAAAAUAAAGCUAGUUCGAGUUCCUGAGACAGUCACUGUUUUCCAAGUUAGAAGGACCCUUGAGCAAAAUGCCACAGAUAUAGUCUAUAAUUGGCAGCAUAUUGCACCAACUAUAGACAAUGACCUUUUCAUUAGGCUUAUAUUGGACGUGGUAAAUGGCACACAAAAUGGAACAAAGACUGUAAGGGGAACAUUCAUAGCUCUAUUCCUUGGUGACUCCAAAAGUCUUCUUUCUCUCAUGAAUGAGAGUUUUCCUCAAUUGGGUUUGGAGCAAUCAGAUUGCAUUGAAACAAGCUGGCUUCAAUCGGUGUUGUUUUGGACAAAUAUCAACAUUACAACACCGGUUGAGAUUUUGCUUGAUAGACAACCACAAUCACUUAAUUACUUGAAAAGGAAAUCUGAUUAUGUGAAGAAACCGAUUUCCAAAGAGGGUUUGGAAGGGAUUUGGAAGAAGAUGAUUGAGUUAGUGGAUACAAUACUAUAUUUCAAUCCUUAUGGUGGAAGAAUGGCUGAGAUUCCAUCAUCAGCAACUCCAUUCCCUCAUCGAGCUGGGAACCUAUGGAAGGUUCAAUACCAAGCAAAUUGGAAUCAGCCAGGGAAAGAGGUUGCAGAUCACUACAUAAACUUGACAAGAAAACUUCAUAAAUACAUGACCCCUUUUGUCUCCAAGAAACCAAGAGAGGCUUUCUUCAAUUAUAAGGACCUUGAUUUGGGAAUUAACCACAAUGGUAAGCAUAGCUACUCUGAAGGAAAAGUUUAUGGAGUUGAAUAUUUCAAGGAUAACUUCAACAGGUUGGUUCAAAUAAAGACCAAGGUUGAUCCUGGCAAUUUCUUUAGGAAUGAACAAAGUAUUCCUACUCUGCCACAUCAUAAGAGUUAG